GUUCUUCAGGUGGUGUCUCUUCAGAUGGCAUCAUCAAUGGGAGCUCUAUGGAGAAGGUACGCGCCGCACAAUCUGAUGAUACUGUCGCAGCUGUGCUACACGUUGAUGUACUUCAUCACCGAGGCCGCGUUCAACAAGGGGCUCAAUCCAUACAUCUAUGUCACCUAUCGGCAUCUCGUUGUCGCCGUCUUCCUCGCGCCUUUCGCCUACUACCAUGAGAAGAAAUUGAGGCCAAGAAUGACCCUGAUGCUGUUUCUGGAGAUCAAUGUGCUCUCACUUCUAGGGGUGAGCCUAACUCUGAACAUGUACUUCUCGAGCUUGAUGUACACGUCCCCGACCUUCGUCACGUCCGUGGUGAACACCGUCGCUUCGAUCACGUUCGUCAUCGCCAUCGCCGUCAGGAUGGAGAUCGUCGACGCGAGGAGCCUGCGGGGGCUCGCGAAGAUCGCCGGGACCGUGGUGUCGUUCGCCGGAGUGACCACCAUGACCCUGUACAAAGGAGCGGCCUUGAGGAGCCCCUGGAACGCGCCGAUCAGCAUACACGGCGGCGGCGGCGGCGGCGGCGUGCACGAGAGCUGGCUCAAGGGGUCGUUCCUCGCCGUGGCCAGCUGCGUGUGCUGGUCAAUCUGGUACAUCAUGCAGGCUUCGUCGUUGAAGAGGUACCCAGCGCAGCUCUCACUGACGGCAUGGAUGUGCACGGUGGGAGGAAUACAGUCGGCUGUCUUCACGGCGUUCAUGCAGCGCAAGCCGGAGGACUGGCGCAUAGGCUUCGGCCUCAAGUUCUGGUGCAUCAUCUAUUCGGGGUUCGCCUGCAAUGGCUUCACGGUCUUCGCUCAGCUGUGGUGCACCGAGAAGAAGGGUCCUGUGUUUGUGACGAUGUUCAACCCUCUCUCCACGAUCAUGGUGGCCAUCCUGGCCUACUUCAUCUUUGGUGAAAAUCUGUACGUUGGAAGCAUAAUCGGAGGAGUGGUUGUCAUACUCGGCCUUUACAUGUUGCUGUGGGGCAAGGACAAGGAUCAGGGAUACAACGCAGACAAGGAGCAGGAAUCCGACCUGGACUGCGAGAAGCAGGCGAAGAUAACCGAUUUUUCUGCAGUGCAGAGUGACCUGGAGGAGCCGAGGACGAAGAAGUAGAAGGGGAUCAGAUUCUGCUGGAGCUCACAGAGCAAAAGCAACACGGUUGAAUCAUUGUACAUUGUGGUUACUGAUUGGGCCUCUUGUGAUCAGAAUUUUCACUGCCUCUUACCACAAUCCCACAGCUCUUCAACGGGUUGUGGUGACUUGUGAGUUGUGAUGACAAACGCCUGUCACAAGGUCCAGUACUAGCUUGCGGACCUGUGUUUGAAGAAUUGCAAUUUUUUUUUCUUUCUUGUC